AUGUUUUCAUUUAAAAUCUUUAUAUUAUUAGUGGUAUUACACUGUGCAAUUUGUCAACCCAUAGCCACAACAAAUGUGGCGGAAACAGCCACGUUAGUGGAAGAUUAUCCUGCGGUUAAAACUACCAAAAAUAAUUUGAAAUCUGCUGCAGUUGAAGCCGGACAAAAAAGUGAUUACAAUGGAGAACGUUAUACAAGACACAUAGGAGGUGGUGUCAUAGGAGGAGGAGGUGUAAUUGGAGGUGGUGUUAUAGGUGGCGGUGGUUUUGCUGCUCCAGUUUAUGCUGCUCCCCCUGUAUCUGUGGUAUCGGCAGUUCCAGUUGUUACAACAGUUCCGGUAGUAACGACAAUACCAUCAUAUCCUGUUUAUGGUGGAUAUGGAGGUUAUGGUGGUGGCUAUGGCGGAGGUUAUGGUGGAGGUUAUGGCGGUGGAUUUGGUGGCUAUGGAGGUGGUUUUGGUGCUGGCUUUGGAGUUGCUAAAUUUAAAGUUAAAGGAUUUGGUAUUGGUGGUGGUUUCUUGGGUUAA